CCAGUGAGUAAAUGCAAAGUAGCCUAAACCACUACAAUUAUCUGCCUCUUGCAGUUGUUGGAGUGCACAUGGUGCCGGUGGCUGCCGUGCAUGGCUGACCCAUGGCAGUGCUUGAGGCUGCAGUGGCCCUGGUGGGGCUGGUGGCUGGAGGUGGCACUGGGGUGGGUGAAUGUCCCUGGGCAUGGGGGUGAAUCCAUCCCUGGGCUCCCAUCCCUCGGGCAGCUGGUGGUGCCAGCAAGGGGUGUGAUGCUGGACAGUGAAAAGGCAUGAAAGUGAAAGGCAUGGUGCAAGCCAGGACAGUGGCUGCCAGCAGCAGCCAGGUGCAGGAGGCAGGGCUGCCUGGAAAGGCUGGCAGUGGCAGCUCCAGUGGUGCUGCAGCUUAUGCUGAAACAGAGUUGCUGCAGCAACUGCAAUGCUGAGUCUCGGGGCCAAAGGUCUGCCCAUGGGAGGGGGCACUGGUUGCUUGUGCUGGGAUGGUCAGGCUGCCCCCGCAGCCCAUGGGGAGGUUUGGUUUUUCCACAGGUGAGAUACAGGCAAAACUAAAUUUGCCCCAGAAGAAAUUGCGUGUCCUUCUGCGUUGACAAAGUCUGUGGAGGUUGUGCUCAAGUCUGGUGCAAAUGAUGUUUUGGGGCACACACCAGCUGAGCUCUCCCACCACCAGUCACUGCACAGCCCCUUGUAGAGGCAGAUGUGACACUGGUGCUCCUGCUCCCAGGCUGGCACUGACCAAAUGCAGUGCCUGCCAGCUCACCACAGAGCAGCCAGAGACUCGUUGCUUAACAACAUGCUGGAGUGGAGUAGGAAGUGUUUUGUCACUGUGAGAUGGGAAGACAUCACCAUUUUAUCAACAGGCAGGGCAGUGUCUGUUUGCUCUGUGUCCAUGCAGAUGUCCCCACAGUACUCGGGACUUCGGUCACUUUGUGGUGCAGUGGCACUGGCACGACUGUUCUUGGCUCUGCCCCUUAUCAAGCGUCUGCAAUUUCCAACAGCAGCACGUCCUGCUGUCGGCCAUCCCACCUUCCCUUUCCUCCUUGCCGCCCUUCUUCUGCCUCCCCAGGCCCCUCCUUGCCAGCAGCAUUUCCAGCUUGCUGAUUUCUGUGAAUGUGGAAAUGUUCCUCCCUUUUUAUAGGGGAAAAAUUCAUUUUUAGCCAGCUCUGGGUUAUUGUUCCUCUUCCUGUUCAGAGGCGGGUGUGCCUGGCUUGGGGGCUCUGGCUGUGGCUGCUCUGCUCGAACCUGCUGCCCCUGUCCCCCAGCACGUGUCCCCUGACCGUAUGACAGCGCAGCUCUUUUGGAGCCCUUUGGGCCACUGGGUAUUUCUGAGACCAAGCAAAAUGCUUGGGGACAGGGGGAAGCACAGCCCUCCCUGCCUCAGUCCCUCUGCUUGUCACCAGGCAGUGAUCAGGUCCUGGCCUGAUCACCCAGCCUUGGGACAUGUCCAAGGCCUUGUGCCCCUGCCUGGCCCCUCUGUGUGGUGCCACAUCCCAGGUGGUUUGGGUGUGAGUGUAUCCAAAUGCUGUUUUGUGCUGCCUCCUCACUCAAGGGGGCCCUUGAGCCCCCGAGGCUCUCCUAUGUCACUCACCAUCAUAUCACCCUCACUCAACUUCAGGUUGUCUCCAGACCCCUUGAGCCACAGGUGGCCCAGGGGACACACUGGAUUUUAGUAGAGGUGUUCUCACCACCAUCUCAUCCCUGCCUGCCCCUGGGAGAGCCAAGGCUGUGUGGUGGAUGGAAUCCCUGCAUGAAGCCAGAGCUGCCCCAAAACUGCUUUGGGGAGGUCCAUGUGUCUCCACCAGGACAUGAGGCAUGCAGUGGCCCUGGCACUGGGGACUUGUCAGGGACUGUGGUGCCACGUGGGCUCUUGGGGCUGGGACUGCUGCUGCCUGCUGGCGCUGCCAGGGUGUGGGCAGGAGCGGGGUGAACGCAGGGGGGGCCUCUGCUCUGCGUCACCCUGGAUUUCUGGCCAACCCUUCCUCCCCCUGGCCUGUUUCCUCAUUUGCGUGGCCAGCGAUGGCUGCGAUCCCGUAGUGCAGUGAGGGGAAAUGAGAACCAUGUGCAGAGGCCAUGCAGAGGCACAUCCCUGGCCCUGGGCACCCCCAGGGCUAUUCCUAGAAAAGAGGGGGUGACUCAGAGCCAGGGUCCCCUGCCCCCGCAUGCCCUUUCUUUCAGCAGCUGGAGACAGCGCUGGCAUCACCAGGGGCUCGGGACACUCCUGCAGAGGGUGUGGGGACAGCCAGGGCCAGACCCUUGGGGCAUAGUGCCUGCCUGUGUCCCGCUGGUGCCCUGACAGCACGUUUCCUGCAGGUGCUGAACCAUGGCGGUGUGGAUCCAGGCCCAGCAGCUCCAGGGAGAAGCCCUACGGCAGAUGCAGGCGCUCUACGGGCAGCACUUCCCCAUCGAGGUGCGGCACUACCUGUCGCAGUGGAUCGAGAGCCAGGCAUGGGACUCCAUUGACCUCGACAACCCCCAGGAGAAUGUGAAGGCAACACAACUCCUGGAGGGGCUGAUCCAGGAGCUGCAGAAGAAGGCAGACCACCAAGUGGGUGAGGACGGCUUCCUGCUGAAGAUCAAGCUGGGGCACUACGCCACGCAGCUGCAGAACACGUACGACCGAUGCCCCAUGGAGCUGGUGCGCUGCAUCCGGCACAUCCUGUACCACGAGCAGCGGCUGGUGCGGGAGGCCAACAAUAGCCCUUCCCCAUCCGGCUCCCUGGUGGAUGCCAUGUCCCAGAAGCACCUGCAGAUCAACCAGACCUUCGAGGAGCUGCGGCUCAUCACACAGGACUCGGAGAAUGAGCUCAAAAAACUGCAGCAGACACAGGAAUACUUCAUCAUCCAGUACCAGGAGAACAUGCGACUCCAAGCCCAGUUCUCCCAGCUCUCCCAGCUGGGUCCCCAGGAGCGCAUGUCACGGGAGACAACGCUGCAGCAGAAGAAGGCAUCGCUGGAGGCCUGGCUGCACCGCGAGGCGCAGACACUACAGCAGUACCGCGUGGACCUGGCUGAGAAGCACCAGAAGACGCUGCAGCUGCUGCGCAAGCAGCAAACAACCAUCCUGGAUGAUGAGCUGAUCCAAUGGAAGCGUCGGCAGCAGCUGGCAGGGAAUGGGGGCCCACCCGAGGGCACCCUGGAUGUGCUGCAGACCUGGUGUGAGAAGCUGGCAGAAAUCAUCUGGCAGAACCGGCAGCAGAUCCGCCGUGCCGAGCACCUGUGCCAGCAGCUGCCAAUCCCAGGCCCCGUGGAGGAGAUGCUGUCAGAGCUGAACGGCACCAUCACCGACAUCAUCUCUGCCCUGGUCACCAGCACCUUCAUCAUCGAGAAGCAGCCCCCCCAAGUGCUGAAGACGCAGACCAAGUUUGCAGCCACCGUGCGGCUCCUGGUGGGGGGGAAGCUGAAUGUGCACAUGAACCCCCCCCAGGUGAAGGCCACCAUCAUCAGUGAACAACAAGCCAAGGCCCUGCUGAAGAAUGAGAGCACCCGCAAUGAGAGCAGCGGGGAGAUCCUCAACAACUGCUGUGUGAUGGAGUAUCACCAGGCCACUGGGACACUCAGUGCCCACUUCCGCAACAUGUCCCUGAAGCGGAUCAAGCGCUCGGAUCGCCGCGGGGCUGAGUCAGUGACAGAGGAGAAAUUCACCAUCCUCUUCGAGUCACAGUUCAGUGUCGGUGGGAAUGAGCUGGUCUUCCAGGUGAAGACACUGUCUUUGCCUGUGGUGGUGAUUGUGCAUGGGAGCCAGGACAACAAUGCCACGGCCACUGUGCUUUGGGACAAUGCAUUUGCUGAGCCUGGCCGCGUGCCCUUCGCUGUGCCCGACAAGGUGCAGUGGCCACAGCUCUGUGAGGCACUCAACAUGAAGUUCAAGGCAGAGGUGCAGAGCAGCCGUGGGCUGACCAAGGAGAACCUGGUGUUCCUGGCACAAAAGCUCUUCAACAGCACCAGCACCCACCUGGAAGAUUACAGCAGCACCACAGUGUCCUGGUCCCAGUUCAACAGGGAAAACCUGCCUGGGAGGAAUUACACCUUCUGGCAGUGGUUUGACGGGGUCAUGGAGGUGCUGAAGAAGCAUUUGAAGCCGCACUGGAAUGACGGGGCCAUCCUGGGCUUCGUCAACAAGCAGCAGGCGCACGACCUGCUCAUCAACAAGCCCGACGGGACCUUCCUUCUGCGCUUCAGUGACUCGGAGAUCGGUGGCAUCACCAUUGCCUGGAAGUUUGACUCCUCUGAGAGGAUGUUCUGGAACCUGAUGCCUUUCACCACCAGGGACUUCUCCAUCCGCUCCUUGGCUGACCGCCUCGGGGAUCUCAGUUACCUCAUCUAUGUGUUCCCCGACCGGCCCAAGGAUGAGGUGUUCUCCAAGUACUACACACCGGUUCUCUCUAAAGCUGUGGACGGAUACGUGAAGCCACAGAUCAAGCAAGUGGUGCCAGAGUUUGUCAAUGCAUCAGGAGAUUCUGCCUCUGGAGGGGCCACCUACAUGGACCAGGCACCCUCGCCUGCCGUCUGCUCCCAGCCUCAUUACAACAUGUACACCCAGAACCCUGACCCUGUGCUGGACCCCGAGGGUGAUUUUGACCUGGAAGACACGAUGGAUGUGGCAAGGCACGUGGAGGAGCUGCUGCGGCGCCCCGUGGACAGUCAGUGGAUCCCCCAUGCCCAGUCGUGACAGGCAGGCGCCUGCUCCCUUGCCCCUGGCCCCGGUGCUGCGGGGACUGUGCUGUGUUCGUGUCUCUGUGCCAGGGGACAGCGGGUGGGCCCUGCCCCCAGGAUUUGCUCUGUGCCCCGAAACACAGGCUGGCGUCCAGCUCUUUGGUGUUUAUGCCCUUGUAUAAACAGCAGCGGAUUUGUCGCAUGGUUUUCCUGUAUGUUCUUUUUAAGAGGCCCAGCUUCGGCUUUCCGCUUCUGCCAGCGCUGGCCCUGCAGCCCCCAUCCCCCCACGGGGCUGCCGGGCAGGGCCACCAGCCCGGCCUCAGGUUCGCUUUCGCAGUCACUAAAGAAUGUACAUGUCGCCUUCUUGUUCUCCCCCGCGGCUCUGUUCCCAGGGCUGCUUGAGGGCGGAGGGCGGAGGAGGGGUUCUGCCAGGGCUCCCCCAGCCUGUGCUGGUGCUCUGCUCCACAGUGGCAGGGUCCCUGGAUCUCAUCUCCUCCUCUGCCCCCAAGGAUGCAGGAACCCCUCCGGCUCCCGGUGUCCCCUCUGGAGCCGGUGCAGCAGGAGGGUGGUAGGGUGCGAGGGCACCCAGCGAGGGCAGUCAGGUGGGCAGGGGGGCUGGGGAAGUGAAGCUCUCUGCCUCCUGCCUCUCCCCUCGCCUGGGCGGGAAACUCUGGAGUCCUGGCCAUGUUAUUUUUCUAUCACAGAGUAAAUAAAGCACGGAAUA